CCCCCUCCUCUUAUGCGUCGGUGUCUGCUGCUUCCUUUGCCGACGGUGCUGAUCCUGCUGCAGCUGACGCUUAUUCCUUUGCCUGUUGAUUCAUUCCUCCUCGAGCAUCCACCCACACGUCCACCCACAUUCAUCAAGCCGCUCACUCACAGCCCUACUGCAACCUCCCUUCGUCAGCGGAAACCGCCGCAAGCACUCACGUCGUCGAGAGCCGUCGGCAUGGCUGCGGCAAGCGAAGCGCCAAGUGCGUCGUCAGCACCCGCAGACGCAGCGAGUGAUGACUCGCCUCGUCUUGACAUCAACGUGGUCAUCUCGUGCAUCGAAUCCCACUGGAGCACUGCGCCCCAGACCGUCGCUCAGUCGCUGGCCGAGUGGCACACGGUGAUGCGGCCCAAGAGGUCCUAUGACAAGCAGAGGCGGCAGAUAAAGGACCUGCUGGUGCGGCUGGUCACAUCCCAGAGGGCCAGUGAUGGGGCUGGGAGCCCUGAAGCUCUUGUGGUUUGCGUGCUGGAGCAUCUGCAGAAGGCGCAGGGAGGGUUCAAGAGUGUCCAGGCACUACUGCUAGGUGCACUUGUCGACACAAGGUGAGAGAAGGGCAGGGCGACCGGGCAGCGCUCUCACCGAUGAAUGUGUUCAUCUUCUUCUCAAACAGGUCCCACGGCGAUGGCUCUGAUGGAGCGCAGGCGAGGGGCGGCGGCGCAUCCAUUGACGGCCGGAAGGCGCUCUCUUUGUUGGAAACGGUGGAGGUGGAUCUCCUGCCGCUGUUCGUCAAGGCCAUGGAGCUGGACGCCCCUCCAUGCAAGAGGUACGUCAGAAGUACAGUACUUGCUCGUCGUGCAUGUUGACAAGUGUGUGUGUGCGUGUGUAUUCAGUUUGGUGCGAGACCAUUUCAGUCGCGCCCUCAAGUCGCGAAAGCACAAGACCGUGUUUAGACUGCUCGUCGCAUUCCGCCCACUUGAGGUCAGCGAACAAAGGACAGAUGGAAUCUGUCACUCAGUCUAUCCUUUUCUGUCGCCUCGUGGUCAGGCUGCCCCCGAUGCCCCCGCCCCUUCCCCUCCCCCCUCUCAGCACCAGCGUUCCCCCUCCCCCGUCCUUCCCCACCCCGAGACCCUCCCUGAGCACGAUCUGCGGGGCCUCAUCGAGAGCCUUGAUGCCCCGUCCGCCCGGCAGCUGUUCGAACACAACCCUCGGGCGCUGGCCAGGGCCUGGUCGACGCCCAAGCACUCCAAGCUUGCCGUCGGCUUGGUCAAACAGAACGGCUGGCCUAUAUCGGAUUUCCCUGAGCUGAACAUGGUGCUCUUCUCCAAGACGCUCCGAUACGCCAUCUUCUCCGAGGGCAUGACGUCGGCCGAGAUCCUGCGCUUUGUGGACGGGGAUCCCCACGCCCUCAUGGCCCUCUGCCAGGAGACUCUGCGCAUCUGCCCGUACACCGCUGUCAAGUGCGCCGAGGCUCUCACACAGGUGGGCGGGGCACAUGAAACGAAGACGGAGUGAAUGCGCACACAUGAGCAUCUGUGUGUCUGCUUUUGUGGCUGUGCAGUAUCAGGAGACCCACCCCCUGCCCCCCAGUCUGCGUCAAGACGUCAAUCGCCUCAUCUCGCAGCACAACGGCCGCCCCUUCGCCCCCAGGCUCAACACCCGCCCACGCGACCACAGACGCCGAUCGUCGGGCCCCGCAGAGGUGCUGGCUCUCGCUGACCUGGGCAUAGCGAUGCCUGGCGCAGCGGGGGCUGGUGGGGCGGGGGAGGUGGUGCUCGUAAACGACCCGAUGCAGCUGACUGAGGUGCUGGAGAGGCUCAAGCAAGAGGUCAGUGGAGACAGGGGGAACAACAAGGCUGACGUCUUGAAUUGCACCUUCCUUUUGAAUUGUUUUAGCCUUUUGUGGGUGUGGAUGGUGAGUGGCGGCCGGUUCUCUCAGCCUUCCAGCAGCAAAAGUGCGCCCUCCUGCAGAUCGCUGCCGGCAGGAUGGUGUAUCUGGUUGACCUUCACGCCAUGGGCGCCGCCGCAGACGAGCCCGUCAGUCAGUUCAUGAGCGACCCGACACCCAUCAAAAUCGGAUUCAUGUGAGCUGACGGACGGCAAAAUGCCUUUCACGCCCACGAGCACCACCGUGAGUGCGUGUGUGAUGUGUGCAGGUUUCACCAGGAGGAUGUGAAGGCGUUGAGGGCUCGGGGCGCCGCCUACAACAAGACCAUCACAUGCAUGGACGUCGGCAACAUCGCCAGGGCACUGCACUUCGUCAAAGACCCACCCAAGCCACCCAAGGACGAGACAGAUGAGAACGGCCAGCCCAAGGAGAAACCACAGUGGCCCCCAGCCGGUUGGCACCCACUCGGCGAUGCGGCCCGCAGCCCCCCUCCAUUCAGCUGCUCUCUCCCACCCCCACCACGCGGGAGCAGUCUGUCAAGUCUCUGUCACUUGCUACUUGGAAAACCACUUAGCAAGACCUCACAGUUCUGCAAUUGGGAGGUGAGGAACAGAGAGGGGGAGGGGAGGGGAGACGACGGAGAAUUCAUUACCAUGUUCCUGUGCUUAUUGUGCUUUUAGUAUCGUCCCCUGGAUGACGCCCAGGUGGCCUACGCAGCUCUGGACGCGGCCGCCAUCCCCCGGCUGAUCGAGAGGAUGGCGGCCGACUUGCAGGUGUCCACCACGGAAAUGCUUGCCAUGGCACACACGAGACACCAAAAGAGACGAGACGAUGACCGCGAGCCGGAUGAAGAUGAUCGGCCGGGCCCGUCAAACAGAGGUAGAGGAGAGCAGCAGCCGCGGCCCGAGAAGAGGGCCAAGCGCCAGGAGGGCAAGAAGCAGGGAGGGGCUGGCGGGGCAGUGGAUGGAGCCAAGGAGAGGUCCUCCAAGCAGCUGCCGUUUCGUGAUAUCAGUGCGUCAGACCUCAAGACCGCACAGCAGCAGUGGGCCAAGUACCGAACACUAAGUGAGCUCAGCAGGAAGGAGAACAGGAGAUGAGUGUCUCUUCAAUCGCCUCUCCUGAGUGUGUUGAAUUGAUAAUGGCCAGAUGGGAUUGAGGAAUGGCGGUUUGUGCUUCCUGUGCAGUGCCAGAAGCUGUGCCGGAAGCUGAGGGGCAUGGGGGUCGAUUCCUUGCUACGCACCGUAAGCAGCUCGACACACACAAACACGCGCGCGCGCGCGCGCACAUCCGCAAGACGGGUCUCACCAUUGUAUGUGUGUGUGUGUGACGUCCAGGAUUCGCAUCGUGACGGUAUGAUGUCGGUCGCUCACAGUGAUGAGAGGGUCAUAUUGACCAAGGAGAGUGGCAAGAACGGCCUGUACAAGAACAUGCCCGUCUACUACCUGCAGAGCGACCUCAUCGAUGCACAGCUGCGCGAAGUGCUGCAGGUCAGUGGCAAGGCGGGGAGGCACAUGUGGCGUAUGGUGUUCAUGCGCACCUGUGUGUGUGAGUGUGUGUGGGUUAGGUUUUCGGCAUUGAGUUUGGCGACGAUGACAUCUGCUCGCGGUGUGCCCACUGCAAUGCAUGCGAAUGGCAGGUGGGUCGGGGCGAUCGAGAGAACACGGACAACACGCCGUCUCUCUGUCUGGUCGUUAGGAGGCGGCUCGCGAGGAGGUGCAGGACAUGGUGUCCCCGGCUGCGUAUGAGCAGAACGAGACCUUUUGGCGGUGUGGGGGGUGUCAGCGUCUGUAUUGGGAGGGGCCGCUUUGGCACAAGGCCAGGGCCCACUUCCAGUCGUUCAGAGAGGAGCUCAAGAGCCCUGACACCGAUGGAUGAGCUCGGGGAUGGGCAGUUGUGAGUGUGGAAUACUUUCGAGGCUGUCUUUGUGUAUGCUUUUGCGUGUGGGUGGAUGAUGGCGUUUAUCUGUCUGUCUGUGUAUGGGACAUACCAUGCGAUGCAUGCGCACCAUUCAUUCUGUGGACCAUUUGUCUAUCAG